CUACCUGAUUGUACGACCUCCCGACGGCAUCUGGUCUGACCGCUUCCCCAACGGAUCCUACAUGGGGAUGGUUGGGAUGCUGAUGAGAGAGGAAGUGGAGUUCUCUCUGGGACCGUUCUUCGCCACAGAUGAGAGGGAGUCGGUGGUAGACCUGACCGUUCCCUUCUACGACGCCUACUACUCUAUCUUCAUGAUAAGACCUAAGUUGUCUAGCGACGUCUCAGGCUUCAUCAAGCCCUUCACCCCUCUGGUGUGGUUACUGAUCCUGGCGAGUGUGGUGUGUGUGUGGAUGGUCACGGGAUUUAUGGGGUUCGCCGAGGAUAAGGUCUUUAAGUUGGAAACUGAGAACGGCUACUGGUCUAGAGCCAGCGUGUGGGUUGUUCAGACCUUAUCCCAACAGGGCCCUAGGUGGCUGCCCAGGAAGGACGCCGGUCGCCUGAUAGCGACCACGUGGCUUCUGGCGUCCUUUGUGUUCAUGUCCUGCUACAGUGGCAUCCUCACGGCCAUGCUGACGGUGCCUCGGGUAUACAUUCCUAUCGACACUCUUGCAGACCUUCUGGCACAGUCUGCUCUACCCUGGAAGAUUGAGACCGGAACACUGCUACAAAAUUAUCUAAAAGAGUCGGAGGACGAAGUGAAACGGAAGAUCUUCGCUGGGAUCGCUGGCACCUUCCUCAGUUGCUGGAGGUCCCGCCAGGACAUCGCUGAUGGGAAGUUCGCUGCCGUGUGCGACAUCGCCUCUAUGACCAAGAUCAUGUCCUGGGACUUCAGCAAGAGCGGCCAGUGUCACUACUACAUCUCGCGGGAGAAGGUGUACAGCAGCGGGGUCCUCACUUUAGCCUUCAAGACCAACUCUACUUACCUGCCGGGAGCCAAUCAGCUAAUCCAACACCUGAAGGAGGCGGGGCUGUUCGACAAGUGGUUGGCGGAGCAGUACACUAACACUACGGUGUGUCUCCGGCCCCCCAGCGCCGAUGGUGUAGGAGGGAUCUCACCCCUCAGCAUCCAGGCCUUUUCUGGUCCCUUCAUCCUCCUGGCUGCAGGUGUCCUGUAA